UCCCCGACCCCUGCUCCCUCCCCCAGCUCCGCCGCAUCCUUGCCGGCCGCCUCUCCCCCUCGCCCCCUCCCGGAGUCUCCUUCCGCCUCUCCCUCAACCGCACCGACGAGCUCCGGUCGCCGGAUCCUGCCGCUUCCCUCCAGUACCUCGGCCUCGCGUCCGGCGACCUCGUCUACUUCUCCCUCGGCCCCGAUGCGCUCGCUUCUCCUCGGGUAGGCAAUAGCUCCUCGAGCGACGAAUCCUCCGCAGGGACGUCGGGUCGGGUCCGGUCUCCCUAGGGCACGCGGAGAUGGAUUCCGAAGAUCUGCACGGGGGGCGGCCUCGGGAGGUUGCAGAUUCGGAGAUGGUCGAUUCGGUGCCUGAAGAUGCGCCGGGAGCCGAUGCUUCGGGGAGCGCCGGGGAUCCAGGUAAUUCCGUCUCUGCAAUUGUUGAUUUUGAGGGCGACGGCGCUGUGGCCGCGGAUGACUCGACUGGGGUUCGCAGCAAGUUCUCCGAGCCUUACUUUCUGAGGAGGGUUUAGAGAGAGGAAUUGGGUGGGGACGGUGGUGACCAUAGGCUUCUGGUUAUUGCGGUGCACGCUGUUCUGCUGGAAUCCGGUUUCAUCGCGGCUGAGCCGGUGACUGGAAUGCCUGCCGAUCGGUUUCAUCUCUCCGAUCAAUGGCCUUCCACGGCGUUUACGAUGACGUUGCAGUACAGUCUGCCUGAGCUUGUGGCUAGGACGCAGGGUCUGCAUGUAUCUGAGAGUGUUGUACUGAAGUUUGAGAGUUUAGGUCACUUUAUAAGUGUCUAUGGGCGUCUGGCUAAAGCCAAGUUGGCGUUGCGUAGAGUCUGUUUGAACGAGCGCAGAUUUGCUCCUAUUAUAGACGUGAUGAGGGUGAAAGGCGAUGACAAUGUGGGAGUGAAUGAGGAUGGUGGAUCUUUGAAUUUGAGUUCUGAAAAACAAGUUUUUGAGUUUUGGAAGAUUAUAAAAGAUGGUUUGGCAUUGCCGCUGUUGAUAGACCUAACUGAAAGAGUCGGUUUGCCGCUUCCAUCUUGCUUCACAUGCCUUCCAACGGAACUGAAGCUCAGGAUUUUCGAAUUGCUUCCUGGAAUUGACCUUGCAAGGGUAGGGUGUGUAUCUUCUGAACUACGGUAUUUGGCAUCCGAUAAUGAUUUGUGGAAGCAGAAGUAUGUUGAGGAGUUUGGCUAG